UCUUCGAAAGUGCCCUAGUAGCGCUCGCCCUUCUCUCUCUCUCUCUCGAUCUCUGGAUUGAUUUGUAGCGCUCCUCUUCUCUCGAUUUUGGCGCCCGUCUAGCUAUCGAUUCUCGAUUCCACAGCUGCUUGGGCGCUUCUUGAUGGGAUUUUGAUCCGUCUGGGCGAUUUCGAUGGACAACUAUGUGAAGCUGGAGAAGGUCGGCGAGGGCACCUACGGCAAGGUCUACAAGGCUCGCGACAAGAACACCGGGCGAUUGGUGGCGCUCAAGAAGACCCGCCUGGAUAUGCAAGACGAGGGCGUCCCUUCCACCGCAUUGCGCGAAGUGGCGCUUCUCCAUAUGCUCUCUCAGAGCCUCUACGUUGUGAGGCUCUUGAGUGUAGAACACAUAGACAAAGGCGGCAAGCCUUUGCUAUAUCUCGUGUUUGAGUACCUGGACACGGAUCUUAAGAAGUACAUGGACUUUACCAAUCGCCGCAAGCCUUUCGGCAUGGACCACUUCAGAACAAUCAAGCAUUUGAUGUACCAGUUGUGCAAGGGCGUCUCGCAUUGUCACAGCCAUGGUGUCAUGCACAGGGACCUUAAGCCGCAGAAUUUGCUCGUGGACCAAGAUAAAGGUCUUCUCAAGAUCGCAGAUCUUGGGCUUGGACGAGCUUUCACCGUUCCACUCAAGAGCUACACACACGAGAUUGUUACGCUCUGGUACAGAGCUCCGGAGAUACUUCUCGGAGCUUCACACUACUCCGUCCCCGUGGACAUGUGGUCCGUCGGGUGUAUAUUUGGCGAGCUAGCAAAGCGAUCCCCUCUUUUCCCAGGCGACUCGGAGCUACAACAAUUGCUCCACAUAUUCCGAUUGCUGGGAACUCCAAGCGAAGAGGUGUGGCCGGGAGUCACAAAACUCCGGGACUGGCACGAGUAUCCCAAGUGGAGCCCUCAAAAGCUGGAGCUCGUCAUUCCAGGCCUUGAUCAGCAAGGCCUCGACUUACUCCAGCAAAUGCUCAUCUAUGAUCCAGCAAAGAGAAUUUCUGCCAAGGCUGCGCUACAACACUCGUAUUUCGACGACGUUGAUGAAUCCCAGUUUUGAUCGCUAGGAGGGAAAACCACUCUAAUGUUUAUGGAUGGAUAGAAAGGAAAUAAAGGUUAAAAGGGGGUUUUCCAAAA